AUGGUGCUGGGUCUGCACACGGGGCCGCAGCAGCUGGACUGGGAGCCCCCACACGAGCCGCAGCCCGCUUUGCCACAGCUGGAGCAGGAGCAGGCUGGCACACAGCAGCACACGGGCACACAGCAGCUGGAGCCGCAGCCCCCACAUGAGCUGCAGCCCCCCUUAGACCCCCCGCAGGAGCCGCAGCCCCCCUUAGACCCCCCACACGAGCCGCAGCCCCCCUUAGACCCCCCACACGAGCCGCAGCCCCCUUUGCCACAGCUGGAGCAGGAGCAGGCUGGCACACAGCUGCACACGGGCACACAGCAGCUGGAGCUGCAGCCCCCACAUGAGCCGCAGCCCCCCUUAGACCCCCCACAUGAGCUGCAGCCCCCCUUAGACCCCCCAUACGAGCCGCAGCCCCCUUUGCCACAGCUGGAGCAGGAGCAGGCUGGCACACAGCAGCACGCGGGCCUGCAGCAGCAGAUGGGCACACAGCAGCUGGAGCCACAGCCUCCACAUGAGCCACAGCCCCCACAGCUGGAGCCGCAGCCGCCACAGCUGGAGCUGCAGCCCCCACAGCUGGAGCCGCAGCCGCCACAGCUGGAGCUGCAGCCUCCGGAACAGCCAGAGCAGCCCAUGGUUCUGCACACGGGGCCGCAGCAGCUGGACUGGGAGCAGCCACAGGGGCCACAGCCCCCUUUGCCACAGCUGGAGCAGGAGCAGGCUGGCACACAGCAGCACACGGGCACACAGCAGCUGGAGCCGCAGCCAGAGCCACAGCCCCCACAGGAGCCGCAGCCCCCCUUAGACCCCCCACACGAGCCACAGCCCCCCUUGGAGCCCCCACACGAGCCACAGCCCCCUUUGCCACAGCUGGAGCAGGAGCAGGCUGGCACACAGCAGCACGCGGGCACACAGCAGCUGGAGCUGCAGCCAGAGCCACAGCCUCCACAGGAGCCACAGCCCCCCUUAGACCCCCCGCAGGAGCCGCAGCCCCCCUUGGAGCCCCCACACGAGCCGCAGCCCCCUUUGCCACAGCUGGAGCAGGAGCAGGCUGGCACACAGCAGCACACGGGCACACAGCAGCUGGAGCCACAGCCCCCACAGCUGGAGCCGCAGCCUCCGGAACAGCCAGAGCAGCCCAUGGUUCUGGUGGGUUGA